GCUAUAUUUUUUAGAGUUGUAAAUAAAUAAGUGCAGUACAAACACGUGCUAUUUCAAUCUUUUGUCGUUUUUGGUUAUGCACUGCUUUUCUCGUAACGCAUCUCAAGACAUGCUCCAGACAUGCCUCUCUCUGCUGCUCUGUCGUCCACCUUCUUGUCUAUGGAUCGCCAUCGAGGAAAUGACGGACGGCUGUUAUACCCAACAGAUCAAGAAUAGACAGCCUUCCUUCCGUGUGCAUCAUUUGGAAUUCUUAAAUCAAAAACCUGUCAAAAUAGGUUUGUUCUCCCGACGGUUAUCUUUGCAUCAAAAUGAGCGUAAAGCACGGAACCCUCUUCCGAAAGCGAGUCGCUUCUUUUUCCACUAUUGGCAGAGAAGGUGCAUGGAUUUCCUUGACCCUACAAAAACCGUUUUUGAAAGAGAGGCGACCCAAGUGCAUGAUUUUUACGUAAGCAAAAAAAGACCCACUCAGCCAAUCAGAAGAGUCCAGGAAGAGCUAGGAAGAAAACGCAUGAGUGACCUGAGCAACACGCUCACCUUUUUUUUUAUAGCUUCUCUUUCUCUGAUGGAAAGCAUCGAGUGGUGGCAUGAAUACGUCAGAAAAGCUUGAAUGAAUCCUAUGGAUGCCAAUAGCAAUUGCACAGACGAUCUAUCUUAUUUGAUGAUGGGGUCGCGUACAGCUUUUUUUUUUUCAAUUCUGUCAACGGGAAAAACGUUUAGUACAGUAUUAAACAUUUAUUGUGCGUAUAAUAGCUAUAUUUCUAUUCUCUGCUCCCCUCUUUUUGCUGACUUUAACUGUUUUGAGACAUUGGGAACUU